ACAUGGAAACAGAUUCUGCUCUGUUAUCUGAUGCCACCUCACUCAGUGUUGCAGGUGCUGCACCAUUGCGUGUAGUUCAGAUGGACAACGGUGUUGUGGUCCAGUUCUCGGAGCAGGAUGUGAGUGAUCCCCCUGCUGUCAGUUUUGCGCACGAUCUCCCCCGCCUCAAUGCCAUGUGGGAUCACACUGUGCCUCACUGGCAGGGUGUCUCCGAGCUGACAAUCCAGCGACAACCCAUCCCCAUCAAGUACUGGCGGGACGUGUAUGUUGGCCGUGACUGGAAGCGUAACCAGUGGCGGGGUUCUUGGGAUUCACGCUUAGAAAGGGUGCUUGUUGAACACUGGCGUGCUGUGGGACCCGACAAGUUUUGGCACGAGUUCUCACGAGAGGGUCACCGCAUGCCCUAUACAGUCAUUGUCAAAGCCCUUCAAGCAAGGAGGCGUGCGCAGAACAGCAUGGAUGUGCAGCAUGCUCGUGAAGAGUUCCCAGACUUUGAGCAGCAGUUUGGUUAUAGGAAAGGUAGCCAGUCUCAUGUCAUGAUCACUGAGGCUGCAGUGGCAAGGCAUUACAGGCAGAUGAAAGACCAAGGUUCAUCGUAA